AUGGCCCAUCCCAAUUUUUAUGAUGAAAGGACUUCUUGUCACCCAAUUCUGUCAGUAAUCAUACUCGUGAUAAACAAAUCGGACUCCCGCUUCGCGGUCGACCGAUUUUGUCUAUCACUCCUAGGCGUUGGUUAUAAGUGUUCGUGAAAGAAACAACAGUUAACUUGGGGAAAUGCACGACAACAGCGUACGUUCAUGACGCGUACUGUCCACUUACACAGGCAUGACGUAUCAACCGUCCUAUUACACUGCCCAAUUACAAGCACGACGCGUGCACUGUCCUAUUAGUGCUCAGAACGGGCUGGUGAUAACCAAUCACGUUCGAGAAUUUUGUUAUGGUUUUAAUUACUAAGAACCAUACAGACCGUGGAUGACUAACAUGGGAAACAAAAGGUGAAAACGAAAGAUUUGUUGUCGCACCAAUGAAGUUUGAAAUUAUGGAUGUCUUUCAGGUUAACGUGUUAUGUCUUGAUGCCUUUUGAUGCUAUGAAGCUUGUCAACACGAGUACCCUGUGCACUGCGAAAUGAACCGGAUACGAUGUACGAAGUUUCUUUUACUUGUCAUCUUUGUGAGCCUGUUCGCGUAUCUCAUGCUUAAAGACGAGUCCGUUUGUAUCACUGUAAACAGCGUCCAUAAUGCAAUGACUGCGAGAGAAAUUGCUACCUUGUUACAAGGAGGUCAGUAUUUACACCAUUCCAAGUUUGAGAAUAACAAUCUCUGUCAAGGUUUCUCCUUUUUUUUUCUUUUUCUUUUUUUUUUUUAACUAGAUAUCCUGUCAAUAUCGGUAAGUAAUCUAUAAUGAACGAAAAAUUGGAUGAAGAGUCUCGAGUUUGUUCUGGGUGUAGAGAGUGCCACUCAUUUAUAGUUGGGAGAACACACUUCAUCUAUGAGGUUCUCGAAGGAGUUGUGGCGCUUACAGCUUACAAAUUUUGCGGCUUUUAUGCCUUAAGGUUUUGAUUUAGGGCCGUUUUAUGGCUACCGGUUUACCCUUUAACUCUCAAGAUCUCAUUAGUAAUUUUCCUUAGUGUCUGCCAUACAGUUCUUAUGAUGUUUGUUAGGAGAAUUUGAUAUGGGAUAAACUAAUAAUCCCCAUAUUGAUAUUCCUCUUUAUUCUCAUCACUUUUCUGCAUGAUAUUGUUUUGAUAUUGUAAGGAGAAAUUCUGUCUUGGUCAUUCAUGGGAGUUAAAAGGUUAAGAAUUUUAACGGUUGAAGGUUAGAUUUUUCCGUUUUUCCAGACUCAGCUUUUAAUUUCUUAGCCUUUUUACGGCCAGCGGUUAACCUCCAUUGAGUCCCUCCUGUAAUGAACAUGUUUGAGAUUUAAAAGAAAGAACUAAAAAGCUUCGUCUUCCAUGUACCUAGGUGAGAAAACGGAGAAGCCCUGGAUAAAAGGAAAAGGGGGAAAAGUGUCAAGCAGGGUAAAAGAUAAUAAAGAAGUAAAAGCAGUGGAGGGGAAACAACAAUCGCUUCUUGAGAACUUGAUAAAAGCGAGAAAAACGGAGGAAGAAUUGAAAAAGAAUAUUAUCCGGCUAACCACCGAGCUUCGCAGCGUUCAUAAAUUCAGAGGUGGAAGUGAACUGAACAGGCUUAAGAGAGCCGAUGAAUUAAAUCUUCCUACAGUUUUUGUUAUUACUCCUACGUUCAAACGUUUCGUACAGAAAGCUGAGCUUACUCGAGUCUAUCAAGCUCUGAAGCCUGUCAAAAACCUUCACUGGAUUGUGGUCGAAGACGCUAUUAAUAAAACUGACUUAGUUGCGAAUUUUCUGAGGACUUCGGGUUUGAAGCACACUCAUCUAAAUGUAAGAACUCCUGACAUUUUACGCCGCCAUCGGAAUGAAAUGCGACGAAUGAAACCCCGUGGUGUGGUACAGAGAAAUCUGGGUGUUCAGUGGCUACGCGAAAACAUUGAUCCUCACAGAACGUCUGGAGUAAUUUAUUUUGCAGACGAUGACAAUACAUAUGAUAGUAAAAUCUUUGACGAGGUAUGGAAUUCUGAUGCAGAAUUUUUACUCCGCGAGUUUCUUUUCUUUGUGGAAUUUGUGUGGGGAAAUUAGAUCAAUCUGACAUCGGUAGUUGAAAUAGGGGAAAUUGGCAGGAUAGUCUCAUACCAAUAUUAUACUCUAUAUAUUUCCCAAGGCGCUGACAAGGAGAAUUUGUUCAACAAUCAAGCGCCUCUUUCACUGGUGAUCAUAGCCUUUAUUCUCGUAACCUAAAUGUGUGAUUCGGGGAUGAUAUUGUAAAGAGAAAUUAGGAGCUUAGGGGUUAAAGGGUUAGGCAACUUAAAUUUAUCGGAUACUCUAAACAGAUAGUUCACCAAAAUGAAUUUAUGACAUUUUUUUUUUAGAUGCGUUGGAUACGAGGAGUCGGUGUUUGGCCAGUGGCAUUUACAGGCGCAGCGCGUUGGGCAGGUCCCUUAUGUAAGAAUGGUAAGGUUGUCGGUUUUCAUGCAAAGUGGGGUCGGUUUCGUCCGUUUCCUAUCGAUAUGGCUGCAUUCGCGGUGAAUCUAAGAAAGCUGUUGAUUGACUUCCCAAACGCCAAGUUUGUAGCAGUAGAGAAGCCUGGAAUGUUAGAAUCAUCAUUAUUGAGCCAAAUAACUAAAGUGGAACAACUGGAACCGGUUACUCCAAACUGUAGCAAGGUAAGGAUAGUAUAAUGGAUGCCUUUGUAUGGGACGACGAUCACUUUGUAGUAUAUGAAUUUCAAGUUAAGAGUCGUCUGUUGACGGCAAAUUUAGUACAAAGAUUGGAAUUACUCAGAUUAAAAUCUCCUUUUGGGCCAUUGCUGUUCUGAUGCAGAAUAGGGCUUCGCUAUUCAAUUAUUCUAAGAUAUCUAGGCUUUAAUUCUAUGAAACUCCUGCUAACAGCAAGGAAGAAAAGAGCGUAUGUAGUGAGGAUUCCUGAAGCACUUUACUUUUUGCAAUAGCAAUGGCCAUUCCACAUUGCUCUUACGGGCAGGCAAGGAUAGUCAGAUAUUUCAUGUUCUUCCCGUAUCUUUGAAUACAAACUGAUCAUUACAUCAUUACAUCUUUUGCAAUCUCUUAUCAGGUUUAUGUGUGGCAUACAAGAACAGAAACACCAAGAGACAGCAUUUUAGGAGAAAAACAGUUGAUAAAAAAAGGAAUGCCAUCCGAUAAAAGCAUCGAAACGUAACCAUGGCCAUCCGAGUCACUUCCCGAUGCAAUUAAGUUCUUCAGUUAUGCCAUGUCACAUUCAAUUCUUAUCUCAUGAAAAAUAUUUAACGCGAUAAGAAUGAGACAACAUUUUAAUUUGAAACAGAGUUUUUCUCAAAUAUUUUCUAGGCUAUGCGCAAUUACAUCUCUAAUAACGCAGAUAGAGGAAAUAUGAAAUCCCUGUCCCACAUCAGAACGAUGCGUACGCUGUUAUUUCAAAUAAAAAUAAAAACCUUUGUUCCUACAGGGAUUCUUGAAAGAGCACUUUAAGAUCAAAUUUCACAAGAAAAGUUAUCUCAUAUCUGGCAACAACAACAAUAACUCCAACUAAAUUUUGAUUUGAGUUACUAGGAAAUAGCGAUCGGUGCCCUAAUGAAGUGGUUUCGCCCGGAUGUUUUCUCUAUUACGUUACGAGACCACCAUGGUAAAACUUAAUGAUUAAUCUAGGAAAAGAUAUCUGCAACUGAAUCUUCCUAUGAUCUCAUACAUCUCCAUCAAGGAUCCUUAAAGGGAACGGAGUAUGCAC